UUUAGUGAUUGUGGAAAAAUGCCGGGUCACUACUAAAUAACCCUAAACAAACACAUUCGCGGUUUCAUCUUCUCGCCGAUUCUGCUACUCCUCUUCCGUCACCAGAUUCACACGGAGAUGGCGGUGCCGUUGUUGACGAAGAAGAUCGUGAAGAAGCGGGUCAAGAAGUUCAAACGCCCCCAGAGCGACCGCAAGAUCUCCGUCAAGACAAACUGGCGUAGGCCAAAGGGAAUUGAUUCUCGAGUAAGAAGGAAGUUCAAGGGAUGCACAUUGAUGCCCAACAUUGGUUAUGGUUCAGACAAGAAGACCCGUCAUUACCUUCCUAAUGGUUUCAAGAAAUUUGUUGUGCACAACGCCAAGGAGCUUGAGCUGCUGAUGAUGCACAACAGGACCUACUGUGCUGAGAUUGCCCACAAUGUGUCCACAAGGAAGAGGAAAGAGAUUGUGGAGAGAGCCGCCCAGCUUGAUGUUGUUGUGACCAACAAGCUUGCCAGGUUGCGUAGCCAGGAAGAUGAAUGAGAUUGAAAUUCAUAAUGUCUGUUGGAUUAUGUUUUGUAGUGAGCUUUUAUUAGCAUGUGCACAUUUAUGGGGUUUAAAUCAUGUUGAGCUCUCUUAUAGUCAUUGACAAGAAUUUUAGGUGAUAUUCUUUUUUUUCUUUUUCUUUUUUUGAAUUUUAGAGUGAGAUAAUGGAAGAGCCGUAUACACUCUUCUACUUUUUCUUUGAAGUUUAUAGUUUUACUAGUACAAUAUUCAAUAUUCACCGCAUUUCUCCCGUUCCCUUCUCAAAUAAAUUAGUAGGGGCUUUAAUGUUA